AUGGAAGAGAACCUUGGGAUCACCGAUAUCCCUGCCCUGACAAAGGCGACUUGGGAAAUCUACAAUCAGUGUCAGACUUUCGCAAAAGAUGCCCCCGACGGGUUUCGCAACCUCGUUACGGGGCUGGGAUCGCUACAGGGUGUGAUGAGAACCCUCAGUGAUGACUUUAUCUCCAAUACAGCAUGUUUUGAGCAAAUGAGCGAAGAGCGUCGGUUCAUUUUGGAGCGAUGUCUAAACGGUUGCUUUGAAACCUUGACUUGGUUAACGAGCCUUCUCAACGGGCACCGAGAGCUGGGAAUUCCAGAGGGAAAGACUUUUUGGCAAAAAGUCAAGUGGUCUACACAACGGACGCAAGUUGAGGAUAUCAGGUCUAAGCUCAUUGUUCACACAUGCAAUCUAAGCCUGUGUAUGAGCCCAAUGGAAAACUCUUCCCUUGCCGAUAUCGAACGAACAAUGGUACAAGCAAUGGAGGAUGAUGAGCAGGCUUUGCUCGCUCUCGAAACUUCUCGGCGCGAUUCAAGCUUAGUGGUAUCGCCUCUGAGCAUCAAGAGCGGUGUGUCUACGGACUACGAGGAUCUUUUAGAUGCAUACACGCCCCAGCUGAUAAUUCCUCGAGUGUCUUCGCUAGCUUCCCGCAGCUCCCAGGGACAAGAGCAUCGAGUCCCCGGUCGGCCUAAACAUACAUCCACCUCAUCCGAGUCUGUUAUGUCCGGAUCUGAUGGGUCCUUCUAUGGCGGAACUGCCCCUACAUCACCUUCAAUGCACAGUCGCUCGCAUUCUCAGAAAUUGGUGGAAAGGCUCAAUAAUUCUCGAGCCCUCAGCUCUCAACCGCUCUACGAAGGCUCUAUUGACGGUCGCGCGUCCGACAAAAUGCUAUGGGAAAACAUUUCUGACAUUCAAGAAAUGCAGAGCAUGGGUAAAUCCAGCGAGACAUCGUCCACUGAAUUUGGCCAUGGGAAUGUUAUGGGGGUUGUCACUAGUGCAAUGCAACAGCUGCGCCAGGUCAGGCUUCAAGAACAAUUGGCUCGGCCGAUAAGGUAUGUGCCACAGAACAAGAUGCACAAGCCUGAUGAAGCUAUCUUGAAGGCCUUCAAGUCCUCGGUCAGCGAGGAGCUUCAGGCCCGAAGGCUCAUCACCAGGGAUUGGCUUCGUAUUGCGACUUGGUGGCUGUUGAAGGCGCGUGCUACUCUGGCCAGUUGUGGCAAGCAUAACCUUGUCAGUGCUCGAGGUGGUAUAAAUGUGCCGAGUGACUCUAGAUCUGCCUCGCAGCAGGCUUAUGUUGACCUCCUCAAAUCUUCGUACAUUCUCUAUGAGAUUGUUCUCAGAGACGAGAGCUCUCCUGCUUUGUUGACUGAUGAGAAUCGCAAAACAGUUUCUGAUCUUUCUGAAGGCGUCAAUGAUGAGCUUUCUCAGUAUUCUUCUUUGGAUAUCCCCGAGCCUUCGAGCUUGUCUGCCCAGGACUUGGACAUCUGGGAGCCUGUUCAGCCGGAGGAAGCAUCACAAAGCAGCUUGGACUUCUUCGGGCUCGAGAAUACACGUUGGGUGGCUGUUAACCAGGAAGAUUCGGGUAGUGAAGAGGAAAGGGUCCUCUAUCGCAUCUUUGUCAAUGCAGGCAUUGGAUCUAAGAAAUUUCGCAUACGCACAAGAGGUGCUCCAUACAUGCUUUUAUUGGCAACCAAGGACGGCGAAAGCGAGCCAAAGAUCAUUCUUUGCAAUCAGAGUGGCUCCCUUUGCCUUCAGCGAGACUUUGUACCUGAUGACCUACCACCGCUGAUCAAUCUCGCUAAUGCCAAUCUGACUGGAUUUCCCGGAGCCCGAAUCUCGGAACCCGUGUCGUUCAUGUUCGAUAAUACAAGCGUCUCGAUUUCGUUCCAAUUUGAAGCUGAUUUGGGUCAUUUCAUUCAUAUUCCCAGGACCUAUUUUGACGCUGUCUGGCAGAGGGAGCCAAUCGAUUCAAAAGAGUUUACCGAGACUAUCAUCUUCAAGGGUUCAGUGGAGCUCUUUGAGCACCUCAAAACUCCGAACAUGAAGCCCAUGAACCCACCAAUGAUAAUCAGGUCAUGCAACGUCCGUAUCCUCGAGAGAUCAUUUGGUGAGGCUUGGCGCUGUACUCGAAGAAUGGUGAUCAGUCCAUGCGCAGCACAAAGAAACCCACGGUGCAUCGAACUCUUCAUGCCCCUCAGUCGUGUUCAAAUCAAUCGCGAGGAUCUGUCGCGCCAGGUACUUCUGAAAUGGUCCGAUGCUUGUCAAGAACGAACAAAGACAGACGGCAACUACAACAUUCUGCAUUCUUACCUCUACGAUGACAGUGCGCCAAACAUCGGAGUAGGACUGAAUUUCAGCACUGAACAAGGCGCCGAGGACUUCGAGAGAGCCAUCCUGGAGAUCAAUUUCAAACCAGACUUCUCCUGGUCUGAGCCCAGCAGCUCUGGUCGCAUAUAUGACGUUGUUGACACAGGAACCCUACACAAGCAGUACAAGGCUGCGGUCAUUUUCCAGAACAACUCACAAUGGCGCUAUUCUGAUGUCUACUUCCUCUAUCGUGACACGGACUUUGUUUAUCAGCAUUCAUCACUCAGCGUCCGAUUUCCCCACGCCUCCUACACGGACUAUAUCUCUUCCCAUGUGAACCAACUCUUCGCUGCAGACAAGCCCGUCGUGUUCUCGCGUUGUGAAAAAAAGAAUAGACCAGCAGUCAUCGCAUUCAACAGUGAUUCUGUUUCGCGUGCAUUUAUGAGUGCUCUUUCUCCAUUAUAUGACCUAUCUUACUCAAGGCGUAUUCAAUCACUUUCAACUAAGAGUAAUCUGCUGGGAGGCAAGAAAUCUGGCAAAGGUGGCGCCGAACUCCAAUUAUGGCGCAGGGGUAAUACAACGCAGCUUGCCGCGCGUUGGGAUGACGGUGUUCCUGAUGUAUGGCUAACCAUGUCUCUUCCUUCGGACGUCCCUGACUCCUCGAAGGAAAAUACCCGUGUGAAUUUUCCGAGGUUGCCGUAUGCUCGUGGGAUGAGCUUGGAUAUGAUGAACAUUAUGGCUCGAACUCCUAAGUCUAAUACUCUUGCGGAUCGGGAAGGGGCCAUUUCGAUAGUCUUUCGGACUGCUCAAGGUGAUCUUUUCCUAACUGCAACGAUUUUGUGCUUUGCUGACUACUUUAAACGCACAGAUAAAGAAGGAUUUCUGAGUGUUCUCCAAGGAAGGCCAAUUUCCUCCACGUUUAGUUCUUUGUCGGGGCAUUAG